CCCUCUUGAAAGGAGAAGAGCUCUUUGAUAACUGGGCAGGUUCUGCCAUCACUGCAAUCGCCACAUGUGUGUUUCAUGGCCCACCCUGUCGCCAGCUUCAUCAUGCUCUCAUACCGCACGGAAAAGGUGGGCGUUCCUCCGUCAGUGGAUUUGUGGUCACUGUGUUUGGAGCAACUGGAUUCCUGGGCCGCUAUGUUGUCAACCAUCUUGGACGUAUGGGGUCACAGGUGAUCAUACCCUAUCGCUGUGACACAUAUGACAUCAUGCACCUUCGUCCCAUGGGUGACCUGGGUCAGCUUAUCUUUCUGGAAUGGAAUGGGAAAGAUAAAGACUCUAUCCGACGAGUUGUGCAACACAGCAAUGUGGUCAUCAAUCUUGUUGGGCGAGACUGGGAAACCAGAAACUUUGAUUUUGAGGAUGUUUUUGUGAAGAUUCCCCGAGCAAUUGCUCAAGCGUCCAAGGAAGCUGGAGUUGAAAAAUUAAUUCAUGUUUCACAUCUGAAUGCUGAUAUUAAAAGUUCUUCUAGGUAUUUGAGAAAUAAGGCUGUUGGAGAGAAAGAAGUGAGAGACGUAUUUCCAGAAGCAAUUAUCAUAAAGCCAUCAGACAUCUUUGGAAGAGAGGAUAGAAUUCUCAAUCAUUUUGCAAAUAUGCGUCAGUUUAUUGGUGUGCCUCUUAUCUCCUUGGGCUGGAGGACGGUGAAACAACCAGUAUAUGUUGCCGAUGUAUCCAAAGGAAUUGUUAAUGCGGUUAAGGAUCCAGAUGCCAAAGGGAAAACAUUUGCUUUUGUUGGGCCAAACCGGUACCUCCUCUUUGACCUGGUGCAGUACAUCUUUGCUGUGGCUCACAGGCCCUUCCUCCCGUACCCCUUGCCACGUUUUGCCUAUCGAUGGAUAGCAAGAUUGUUUGAAAUAAGCCCGUUUGAGCCCUGGACAACGAGGGAUAAAGUGGAGCGGAUUCACAUCACAGACAAGACAUUGCCUCACCUGCCCAGCUUAGAAGACCUUGGCGUUCAGGCAACCCCGCUGGAGCUCAAGGCCAUCGAGGUGCUGCGGCGUCACCGCACAUACCGCUGGCUGUCUGCCGAAAUCGAGGAUGUGAAGCCGGCCAAGACGGUCAACGUUUAGUCGAGCAGCCCUUGGGUCUUGGCGUUGUUUGGGUCUCCUCGCUGGUGACCGGCCUACAUUCUUUAGAGAACCCUGUACAUAGCGAAUAAGUUUCCUCUAUUAAAAGAUCUGAGGUUGAAUUCUGCAGUAUUUUCAUUCUUGAUUAUCAAAGGAGAAAUUUAAUCGUUUAGAACUUCAGCGUAAUUUUCUUUAGAUACAAGUUUAAUGACAUUUAUUGUUUAUUUUCUGAAAUGCCAGAGGGUUUGAAUUUCCCUACGUCAGGCUACUUCUAGCAUAUGUCCUAGCAGUCAAAAAUCCCUUUUUAAUGCCAAAUUAUUGUGAAGACCCAAGUGAUAAUGUGAUUCUAAAUCUCCAUUAAAAGAAAAUAUACAUA